AUGAGGAAGUUUACGAGGAGUUUGGUAGGGGCUAAUCGAUUUCUGGGGUUCAUGUUUGGCAAUGUCAAUGAAUAUGGUGAUCUUGACGUCGAUUAUAUUGACGACGAUACCACUGUUACUGGAGCAGAUCAUACCGAUCCGCGCAAACUAAGCAUGGAGGCUGCACGAGAGGUUCUUCUUAGAUUCGGUGUUUCUGAUGAACUGAUUGCGAGGCAGACUAGAUGGCAUCGGAUUGCAAUGAUAAGCAAGCUUUCCAGUGAGCAAGCUGCAUCUGGGGUCAAAGUUCAGAGUUUUUCUUCAGCCAUAGGUGGGGACGAAAAUGAGAAUGGCUGUGAAGGAAAUAAUGGCGAUCUAGAUUCUUUUGCGGGCGAUUUGGAAAAUCUGCUUGAUGCAGAAGAAUGUGAUCAAGAAGGUCUAGGCCUAGGAGGUGACCAUGAAUCCAAGCAUGAUAAACCGGAUGGUGUCAAAGGGCUUAAAAAGAGAAGCCGGCCAUCCAUCCCUCAGACAGAAGAGGAAAUUGAAGAUGAAGCAGCUGAACAAAGCAGGCUUCUCAUGGAUGAUGAUAAGACUGCGAGGAAGAAGAAGAAAGUAAGAUUUGUGGAGGAGGAAGCAGGGUUGGCUUCUGGCUCGCAAACAUGUUUUGGUAUCGAAAAUCCGGGGAGGCCAUUGAAGCAAAUUAUUGGUGCAGCCAAAGCUAAGGGAUCCUAUACUUCAAAAGAGAAUCCAGUGGGAGAUGCCAAAAUUCCUAAUCUUCCCAAAAGAAACAAGACCGGAAAAUGUAAAGGAAAUAGAAAUAACGAUACUACUGAAGAUACAGAUCUGAUGAUUAAGAAACUGAUAAUAUCAAUAAAUGGAGAUAAGGGGUUUCAGGAGAAGAAGUCAGCGAGACAGAGUUUCAACUGUGGAGCAUGUGAUCAGCCUGGACACAUGAGAACAAACAAGAACUGCCCCAAGUAUAUUCAUGGAGAAGAUAUCCAUAGAGCUUCUCAAAAAUCGGCUACUCUAAAUCCAUCUUGUCAAUCUCAGCCGAAAACAAGGGCAAAGGAGCUGAUACCUAAAAGCUCUGCAACUAAAAUUUCGGUGAUUGAAGCUUCCCAGGUUGAAAACCAUGGUCUGAGCACAAAGCUUCCUAGAUUGAAAUUCAAAUGUGGGCCUAACAAAAUGAAGUCUGAAAAUGUGCCAGUUGAACCCCCUAGUGUGAACCAUGAUACUGAAUCACAAAGGGCAACUGUUGUUAUACAGGCACCAGCAAAUACAGAUAGAGAAGAGGUGGAAAGUUCCCAACAGAAAGGGCCAUUUGCGGAAGCGAAGAAAGAGCUGCAUCGAUAUCAUAAGAAAAUUGUAAUUAAACUUCCAAAAAAACUAUUGAUUUUAGAUCAUGAUCAUCAGGUCGAUUUGCGUAAAGAAAAUAUACAACUUUGA